CGGUGGCAGCGGGGCCGUGUGCUGCGUGCGCCUCCCCCUCGCCACCGGCCUCCCCGUAGGUCCGCGUUGACGCUGCGCGGAGAUUGGGAGCCGUGGCACGAGGGGCGGGCCUGGGCUCCCGUUUAAUCCCCGCUCUGUCGGGAUUAGGGCCGGAGGAGACUCGGUAAUCUGCCGGAGGCUCGGCACGCAGCUGGGGCUGGCAGCGAGGCAGCGCCGAGGGGACGGGCAGGCCCUGCAGCUCCCACCCGGAGCCGGACCCCACGCCUCGCCACGCCACGAGGAGCCCUGAGCCUGCCAUGGAGGGCCCGGAGCUGCCCGUCCAGGCUGAGAUGGUGGAGCUGGUGCCCAACGGGAAGCACGCGGCUGCACUUGGCACCACCACCAUCCCCUCGCUGCCUGGUGACAGGUUUGAUGAGAACCAGUGUGGUGCAGAGAUGGAAGAGUUCCUGCCCCAUGGCACUGAGAAGAAGCAGACGCACUUCACUGAUUUCGAAGGCAAGACGUCGUUCGGGAUGUCUGUCUUCAACCUGAGCAAUGCCAUCAUGGGCAGUGGCAUCCUGGGGCUGGCCUACGCCAUGGCCAACACUGGCAUCAUCCUCUUCCUCUUCCUGCUGACGGCCGUGGCUCUGCUAUCCAGCUACUCCAUCCACCUGCUGUUGAAAUCCUCAGGCAUCGUGGGCAUCCGUGCCUAUGAGCAGUUAGGUUUCCGAGCCUUCGGCACACCAGGCAAGCUGGCUGCGGCCAUCGCCAUCACUCUGCAGAACAUCGGAGCCAUGUCCAGCUACCUGUACAUCGUCAAGUCUGAGGUGCCGCUGGUCAUCCAGACCUUCCUCAACCUGGAGGAGAAGACCACGGAUUGGUACCUGAAUGGGAACUACCUGGUAAUCCUGGUCUCUGUCACCAUCAUCCUGCCUCUGGCCCUGAUGAAGCAGCUGGGCUACCUGGGCUACGCCAGUGGCUUCUCACUCAGCUGCAUGGUCUUCUUCCUCAUCUCGGUCAUCUACAAGAAAUUCCAAAUCCCCUGCCCGCUGCCUGAGCAAGGGGGGAACAUCAGCAGUGGCACUAAUGUCACUCUGGGCGGCGAGCACUGGGAUGGCCCCGCAGCCCCACUGCCCGCUGAGGUGGGGGCCUGCACCCCCAGCUUCUUCACCCUCAACUCCCAGACAGCGUACACCAUCCCCAUCAUGGCCUUCGCCUUCGUGUGUCACCCUGAGGUGCUGCCCAUCUACACGGAGCUGAAGGACCCCUCCAAGAAGAAGAUGCAGUGCAUCUCCAACAUCUCCAUCACCGUCAUGUACCUCAUGUACUUCCUGGCCGCCCUCUUUGGCUACCUCACGUUCUACGGGCGCGUGGAGUCAGAGCUGCUGCACACCUACAGCCGGGUGGACCCCUUUGACGUGCUGAUCCUCUGCGUGCGGGUAGCUGUGCUGACAGCUGUGACACUCACGGUCCCCAUCGUCCUCUUCCCGGUGCGCCGUGCUAUCCAGCAGAUGCUGUUCCAAGGCAAGAACUUCAGCUGGAUCCGCCACGUCGCCAUCGCUGUGAUCCUGCUGACCUUCAUCAACCUUCUGGUCAUUUUUGCCCCCUCCAUCCUCGGCAUCUUCGGGUUGAUUGGUGCCACCUCUGCCCCCUGCCUCAUCUUCAUCUUCCCGGCCAUCUUCUACAUCCGCAUCAGUCCCAAGGACAAGGAGCCCCUGCGCUCCACCCCCAAAAUCCUGGCUGCCUGCUUCGCCCUCCUUGGGGUGCUCUUCAUGAUCAUGAGCCUCAGCUUCAUCAUCACCGAUUGGGCCACAGGAGGGGGCCGGAGUGGCGGCAGCCACUAGCCACCCUGGUUGCCCACCCUGACUCCCCCCCCCUCCCCACCAGGACCCCACGGGGCUCCCACCUUCGCCGCCUGCCCUUUUGCCUGAGGGGACACAUGGGGGACCCCAGCCCGUGCCCACCCCUCCUGGCUCCGCGCUUCAGUUUCCCCAUCUGUGCAAUGGGAGACCAGCGCUUCCCUACCUCACCGGGGGCCAAAGGGGACGUGGCCAACGUGGCCCACAGGCACCCACUUGUCCUCAGCCGGCCCCAAGUCCUGACGGCAGCGUCUGCGGGGCUGGUGGCCAGCACCUCAGCAGUGCCCGUGCCACCCCCAUGUGCUCCGCUGUCUCCACCCCCUGACUGCCAGCUCCUCGCUGCCCCCUCCCGCUGGCACAUGGUGCCCGGGGGAAGGCUGGUCCCGGUGCCAGCGGGUGGGAACCUGGCGAUCCAGGGGCCAGCUCGGGGAAGGUGAGACGUGCCAGGGCUGGGUGCCGCCGGCACUGGGGUGGGUGGGUGCACCACAGAGGUGCUGGUGUGGGGCACGGAGGUGCCUGGGGCGGCACCGCUUGGGCUGUGAGAUGGAGGGGGUGUGGGAUGCGCGCUCCCGUACACCAGGGUGAUGGGCACAACCCGGCCCCGCUGUCCUGCCACCACCCACCUGUCUGUCCGUCCAUGCCAGGGGCAGCUCCCAGCCAUGCCAAGAGCCUGGCCACGGGGACGCGAGCAGGCGGUGAGGGGGGCCGGGAGCUCGCCAAGUAAAUAAGAGACGUAUUUUUAUAUGGGGGUGGUGGAGGCUGGGACGCUUUUUAUAAAUACUGUAUAUAAGAGUAGUUCUUUUUUAAUGUGUUGGGGGGCUACCGGGAGGUCUGCAUCGUGUGCGGGAUCGGGGAGGCUCUCGCCGUGUCACCCUGACGUCCCCGCACCGAGCUGUCCCACGGCCCCCCCACCGCCGCGCCGUUAAGUUAUAUGUGGGGAUGAGCGCCGUGCAGGAGGAGCGCGACCGAGCAGAUCCGUCAGAGUAACAAUAAAGGAUAAAAAUGUGA